AUGGAUCGUACUUUGCUCUAUCGGGAGAUAGUUCGACUAGCCAACCCUUCAGCGGAUCAGGUAAUUGAGCCAAGAGACAGUGUUGAUGCAGUAACUCAGCAAUGUCUGUCCAUCGCGACGACUCUUCGAGGACUUGAGGACCGACUAGCGGAGAUCCGUGGCUCUUAUCUUGCCACAGCAGGCCGCGGUCAAUUAAGCGAGUCUCAGUGCGACGAGAUUGACUACGAUGUGAACAGAAUUCUCCAGCAGGAAAAAGUCAGACUGAGAAAACUCGAAGAGUACCAAAACGCACAGGCUUCUGAAAAGGCCACAGGAUUUAAACGGCUGCUAAAAGACCCAAAACUCGAGGAAAUCAAGCGUACACUGGAAAUGCACAGGCAAAGGAUGUUUGUCUACUUGACUGAGCGACUAAAACACGUGACUGAUAUUCACGUUGCCCAGAAAAAGGCUCGAGCGGCUAGGCUCAAGGGCCGUAAAAAGGCUGCCGCAGCAGUAUUGCAAUCACAUUCCCUGCCCACACGAGCUAGUAGUGCACCAAGAGCACCGGUCGCAGAGCUAGAAAUCUCAGACCAAGAGCAACAGGCUUUGCUUUUGGAGAAUAACGACCUGCUCCAGGAUCUCCAAGCUACUUUGGAUCAAGCACAGCAUGCAGAGCGUUCGAUGAAGGAGAUUUCGGAGAUCCAGACCGAAUUGGCAAACCACCUUCACACGCAGACCGAAAUGAUCUCGCAAAUGAUUGACGACGUCUUCAAAACCACCGAUGAUAUUGGCGGAGCUAAUGUUCAGUUGAAGCAAGCUAAGGCACGCAAUCGCCGUGCCUCCUCCAUCAUUGUUUACUCGUCAUUGAUCAUUGCGAUCCUACUACUAGUCUACGACUGGCUUCUUUAA